AUGGUAAUGGCUACUAUCGCAAAUAUCCCCCGCAUCUCAUCUACCAGACUCGCAGAGUUAAUUCUUUUGGAAACGCAAAAGUCUCCUAAUUUGGAUGAAACAACACCACCCACUCAUGUUGCUGUGGUCGAUGUACGAGACUCUGAUCACAUUGGUGGACAUAUAAGAUAUUCUUUUCACGAGCCCUCAAAUACUCUAGAUUAUCGUAUGCAGGAGCUUGUGUAUCGACUAGAGUCACGAAAGAUUGUCGUCUUUCACUGUGCAUUAUCGCAGGAAAGAGGCCCGGCUGCUGCACUACGGUACCUGCGCGAACGAGAGAGACUAAUGGAUAUUCCGAGUAAUCAGGAAACGUCGACACGCGUUAGUAUGGAAACCCUAUGUAAUGAGGUACGCGAGAGUAGCUUCGAAGAGAAUCGCAGGCAGCUGGUCUUUAUCCUAGACGAAGGAUUCGUUGGAUGGCAAAAAGAAUAUGGGGAGGAUUCUCGACUAACUGAGGGCUUUAGGAAAGACCUCUGGCGUGUGUGA